AGUAAAUCGAGAGAAGAAGAAGAAGAAGCAGAAGCCGUCACGCAGCUGUCUAUCACCUGGGUUCGAGCCUGACGCAGAAUGAAGCGGUAAAUUCGUAACCCGCGUGAAACCAUUGUUUGUGUCAGUGACAAAAGCCAUGACUGAAAGCACAGAAAACAUUGCUGUCCACACACCUGAGGAACAGGAGGACUCCAACAAGGUUACAGAAGAAACUCCUCUCACUGAAGUCUUUGAAAAAACUCUGGACAUUUCUCAGGAUGUGGGUUCGUCAGGAGGUGCAGCCUCAGUGGAGACGGACAGCAGAGAGAAACCGGAGCUGGAAGACACACAGCAGGACAGACAAAAGGACAGGCAGCAAGACGGACAGAAUGACAGACAGCAUGAUGGACAGAGGGACAGGCAGCAGGACGGACAGACUGUCUCUCCACCUGCAGCUGAACCCUCCUGCACCGAGUCAAAGGACUGGAGAUCUGGUUAUCGAUGCAGGGCCAUGUACUCAGGGGAUGGUCUGGUGUAUCCGGCUGUGAUUCUGUGGGUCAAAGGUCAGCGGUGCUGCGUUCGCUACGAUGACUACAACAACGAGGAGGAGCAGGACGUCAGCAGCCUGCUGAACAUCAACGAGCUCCACAGACCCAUCAGAGCCACUGCAGCCAAGACUUGUUCAGCCGGUGUUUCGUUUCACCUGCAGUGCGGCAGGAAGAUGAGUGUGAGCAGCAGGAGGGAGGAUAGACCGGGGGAUAGAGGAGCAGAGAGGAAGUCAGUGUGGAGAGAUGAGCAGCACAACUCCUGGGUCAAAGAGAGACCCAGCUAUCAGAACAAAGCAGAGAAAGAAGAGAAGAAGAAAGAUGGAGAGAAACCCACCAAUCCCAGCUUUCCUUUCUUCCCUCCUUUUCCUCCUUAUCAGUCAAACUCAGGGGACUCUUUGUCCUUCACCCCUCCUCCUCCUCCUCCUUCUGCCUGGGCAGUCGGAGGUAAAGAGACUGCAGGUGUUGACUCCGCCUCCAACAUGCUGAUGCUGUGGUACAUGUGUGGAUUUCACACCGGCAACUUCCUGGCUCAGCAGGCGUUCAAGUCCGGCUCCAAAGACUGAAAGCUUCAGAGCCGAAGAGAAAGCGAAAGAGAGAUGUGGGAUGAGCUGCAGCUUUAUGUUUCCUUACUUCAGUGUGCACUUUAACAUUUAGUGUUUGAUUUCUGUGAUCCUUUAAUUUGCUCUCAGUUCACGUGACGCAGAAUGCUUCAGUUGUUUGUUUGCAGUGCGUCUACGAACAGUUCUGCUUAGUUUGAGUUCAGAGAAGAUUUCUUCUGUUUAACGUUUGCUUAAAGUUUCAGAGUUUCUGGACUCUCUCCAGUUUGAAAUGAAAUUGAAGUGUUCAAAUUUAUUUUUAAUUAUUUAAUUAUCUUUUUAGUUUGUUGUUAAAGAAAACUCAUGGAUCUCUUCAGUAUCUUUGUGUUGUCAAUAAAUGAAGGUGGAAACUUAAA